CUCCAUCUCUCUCCUGCUGAGAGCUUGAGAACUCUCCUUCAAUGGCCUUGUCUCUUGCGCGAAAUCCCAUUCAUCGAUCCCUUUCGUCCUUUCGUUCCAGGGCCUUCAAGUGCUCCAUGGCGGCGAGCUCGAUCCGUGUGGGAGCCGUUCAGAUGACCUCCACCAACGAUAUCGAAGCCAACUUCAACACCUGCUCUCGUCUCGUCAAGGAAGCAUCAAUUGCUGGUGUAAAGUUGCUUUGCUUUCCGGAGGCUUUCUCCUUUGUGAGUAGCCGAGAUGGUGAGUCUCUUGAGAUUGCUGAACCUAUCGAUGGGCCUAUUAUGCAGAGAUAUUGUUCUCUGGCAAGAGAAUCAAAUAUUUGGUUAUCACUUGGAGGCUUCCAAGAGAAAGGUCCAGAUGACAACCACCUUCAUAAUACUCAUGUUUUGGUUGAUGAUACUGGGAGCAUCAAAAGCUUAUAUAGGAAGAUACAUCUGUUUGAUGUGGAUGUCCCUGGGAAUAUGGUUUAUAAGGAGAGUAAUUUUACCACACCAGGUGAUGAUAUUGUUGUUGAGGACAGUCCUGUUGGGCGCUUGGGUCUUACAGUCUGUUAUGAUAUCAGAUUUCCUGAGCUAUAUCAGCUGUUAAGGUUUCAACAUAACGCCCAGGUUUUGUUGGUACCUGCUGCUUUUACCAGAGUGACUGGGGAGGCACACUGGGAAAUUCUUCUGCGUGCUCGAGCAAUUGAGACCCAGUGUUAUGUAGUUGCAGCUGCUCAAGCUGGAAAGCACAAUGAGAAAAGAGAAAGCUAUGGUGAUUCUCUUAUUAUUGAUCCAUGGGGAAGAAUUACAGCUCGACUACCUGCUUUUGCCUUGUCAGAUCGUCUUUCUACUGGAAUAGCCAUCGUUGAUAUUGAUUUAUUAAAUAUUGCCUCUGUGAGGACUAGGAUGCCGAUUUCAGAGGUAAUUCUAAAUCGACAUCUCUUUCUUGAAGAUGUGAAUGGUUUUCCAUUGUCCUGAUAAUCAACAUACUUAUUUUUAAAUAGCAUAAAAAGCUAGGCACUUGGUGAAAAGCUUCGUGUCUGUGAAAUUCCAUGCAAUGGCUUGUGAAUGCAAGAUAUAGCGAAGAGAUCUAUUGAGGCCAUUGAUGUUAGUGAAGUUCCUAGUAGAUGAAAGCAAGUAUGUCUAGAACUAUGUUGAAUGCUGGAAACAAAAGAGAGAGAUUUUAUUUAUGACAUCAAUAAAAGUAGAUGGAGAAAUACUCAUAAAUUCAUGUGCUGUGGCUUGAGUUACACAUUAAGCUAUUGAUACUCUAUUGCUUAGCAGCAAACAGGGCUUCUGUUCAAACUUAAUCUCAUUUAAACCAAAACUCUGUUGCCGUUGGAUAGUCACUAUGUUU